GUAUGGGACAGAGGGAGUAAUUCUUUAAAGAGUUUGGUUCUUAUUUGCUUCCUAUUUGAUGGAGGGUUCUAGCGAUUACUCAAAUCUUGGGAAACUUCAGCUACAGGAAAGGGAAAAAUACAAGAGAGGUCAUGAAAAAUGAAAUAUUUGUCAUCCUAUUUCUAGUUUUUACUUUUCAGCAUUUGGAUGAAAUCCAAUUACCAAAUCAUUCUAAACAUUUUAAGAACUGUUAACCUAUAAAAGGAAAAAUAAUCUGAACUGAUUUGAAUCAUCUAGAACCUGAGCAUUUGGAAUCAUUCAAUUCGUUGUACACGUAAAAUUCAUAUCAGCUCGACCACGGGGGAUAAAUAGAGACUCAGAAGCGGAGCAAGGAAAUGAAUUUUAUGAGUUCUGAAUUCUAGGAUAGCGACAUCAGCUCAUUCAUAAACUUGAUCCAAUGGAAGCUAAAUUUUUUCGCUUUCUCAAGACUGUUGGGGUCGGUUGCAAGGCUAAAGCAGAAUCUCAAGGCCGUCUCUUAUACCUCAAGCUUGGUUGCAGCCAUGAGGUUGAACUGACCGUUCCACCUGCUGUUCGUGUGUUCUGUUUCAAACCUAAUAUCAUAUGUUGUGCUGGUAUUGACGAGGACAGGGUGCAGCAGUUUGCUGCUGCUGUAAGAAGUUGUAAGCCUCCUGAAGUUUAUGAAGGCAAAGGGAUAAUGUACAUUGAUGAAGUCAUAAAAAAGAAGCAGGGAAAGAAAUCAAAGUAAUAACUCAGAUGCAGGAAAUAAUGUGUGGGUUAAGCGCACGACUUUAGUUUGAGUCCUACCACAGCAAAAGCCAGGUUUAAAUGGAGAAGGGUAGAAUUGUAGAUGAACAGACCCAUUAUCCAUCGAGUUUAAAACCGUGCGCCAACUGGCCCUCAUGAUCUCUUGGUUAUCACCCGGAAAAAGAAGGAAACACACUCGGGUUCAUCUUUCUGGUUUGGGUUUUGUUCAAUUUCUGGUUCUGGUUUUGUUCAAUUUCUGGUUCUGUAGUUACUAGAGCUAGAUCAUUCUUACAUUGUACUGUAAUAGUAAUUGAAGUCUCUCUGUAUAGCUAAACUGUUUCUUCAAAUCUUUGUCAGCCUUUUUAGUGUUGCUGAGAAGUGAUAUAUGGGAUUGCUGAGAAGCAGGAACUAGGAUCCAUCUGCUAUGUGCUGAAAGAUUGUCACUGCGAAGCUAUAGUAAAAAUGAGCCAGACUGUCCGACCGUUGAUACAAUGCAUUUUCAUGAAGAACCCAAUGUCUCUGGGUCCAUCUUGGAGCCGGGCAAUUACUAUAAUUCAUGCAGGUCGCUACUUAUGCGACAAACAAAUUUGCUACCUUAGCACAAUAUUAAAUUACUGCCAAUCAAAAGCUGUUUCUACUUAGUACAUUUUGUGUUUGAUCAAACGUUGCCGAGUGGUUCUUUAUUGUUAGUUUAGCCCAUCCAAUUGAUAUUUGGAAAUUCUUUUUUAAGGUUACGACAUCAAUACUUUCCU